AUGGCGGCCCAUUGCCCUCUUACCGCAGAGCCCAGGGGCUGUGAUGCUACAAGGCAACAGUCGCUCUUUGCGGAACUUGUUUGUGUGACUUCAGAGAGACAAGAUACUGAGCCACAGUUAUGUUCUCUGGUGGUGAAUGACUGCGCCGUCAAGGCUCUUGUGGACUCUGGUAGUAUGGGCACCUUGGUGCGUGCCAGCUUGGUAGCUGGGGACUAUGUGCUGGACAUAGACGGGGAUAGCAAGGACUAUCCUGUGGCUCUCACUGACUGUGAGACUCCAGCGCAAAUGAAGGAUUACCAGAGAGAGUUGGAAGACAUUAGAGCAUCCAGGAAUUAUAUUUUAAGUCAAUCUAAGCCUAAAGAAAAUGAAAAGAAACUUAAAAGUCUGGAGGCGGAGAUGAUCCAUAUGCAGGAGGAGUUUGCUGCGGCAGAGCAGGCCAAAAGGCAAGCCCAACAGCCUACUACUGAACUGGCCAACGACACUAAGGCUACUCUCCAGAUUGACCAGAUGAAUGCUGAUCUGAAUGCAAAACGUGGUAAUACUCAGAAGGAGGAGAAUGCCCGUCAGCAAUUGGAUCGAUGUAACAAGGAGUUAAAAACAAAAUUGCAAGAAUUGGAGGGCUCAAUUACAUCCAAAUUCAAGGCAUCCAUCAUGGCCUUGGAAGCAAAGAUUGCACAACUGGAGGAACAGCUUGAUACUGAAAUAAAAGAAAGAGAGGCUGCAAGUAAACAAGUCCGUCGCUCAGAGAAAAAGCUGAAGGAUCUGCUGAUGCAGCUGGAAGAUGAAAGGCACAAUGCUGAACAGUGUAAAGACCUGGCAGAGAAAGAUAAAGUUUGUAUAAAACAGUUGAGGUGCCAGGUAGAAGAGGCAGAAAAAGCACAGAAAACUGCAGUAGACACAGACAAAGUGCUUAAAGAGACCCCGGGGGAGAACUCCCAAAGGUUCCAAAAGAGAAUGGUGGUACUCCUAUAUCUGCUGCAGAGAGGAGCGGGGACGGCAUUGUACGGGGAACCAACUGUGUAUCAGACAUCUCUUAUCUAG